GUGAAUUCUAUUUCAGUUUUACUACAACCACCAACCCAACAGGAUACCGGCGUUCUCCAGCGUUCACUAUGCUUCAUCACAGUUGUGACUUGGCCAGCGGAAACACAUUCUGAUGUUUGAUAAACGGAGUAUCCAACAACGCUUCGUGUGGACCUUCUUCCCUUCAUCACUGCUGCCUUGCCCAGUUUUAUGCCUGCCAUGGAGAACGUGUGUGGAUUAAAUGUGACUGAGGUGACAGAAGUCCUAGCUUCGGGGAACUCUGACCAAAUCCUCAUCAUCGACUGCCGGUCGUUUUUAGCUUUCAACCAAAGUCGCAUUGUCGAAUCGGUGAACAUCCAUUGCCCACCCAUUCUCAAACGGCGCUCAGGGGGGUUCAUUUCGUUGGAGAAUAUAGUGCCUUGUGAGGAGAAGAGGGCCAUGUUGUUGAAAGGUGUGUACCCCAAUGUGUUGGUGUACGACGACAACACGCUCGAGCUGGCCCAGGCUUCCAGUGACUCGAACCUCCUGUCUGUGAUUAAGAGCUUGCUCAAGCAGGUGGAUAGUUUAUCUGUGAGGUUUAUCAUAGGUGGAUUCGAUGCUGUGAGAGAGGAGUGCCCCGUCCUGUGUAUGAGCCAAGAUUUACAUCUGUUCCACUGCAUGCGCGAGAAGCUGUCCCACAAAGACAGGCGGAGAACCCCUCAGCAGAACGAGCCGGCCGAGAUCCUGCCCCACCUGUACCUGGGCGACGUCUCCCACUCCUCCCAGCGCGCCCUCCUGGAGCAGAUCGGCAUCACAGCCCUGCUGAACGUGUCUUCCAACUGCGGCAACCUCUUCCAGUCUCAGUUCAAGUACAUGAACAUCCACAUCAACGACAACAUGGAUGCGGAUCUCAUUUCCUGGUUUCCAAAGAUUAUCAGUUUCAUUGAUGAAGUGGCUCAGGAGAAUGGCAAGGUGUUGGUCCACUGCAGAAUGGGUGUGAGCCGGUCUGCGACGGUGUGCAUCGCCUACAUCAUGCAGAAACAAGGUCUUUCUCUGGACUCGGCUUUCGAGUUUGUCAUGUCACGGCGACCCAUCAUCGACCCCAACCUCAACUUCAUCCAGCAGCUGCAGAGAUUUGAGACCCUCCUCAAGAAGAAAACCCAGCCAUCGCUUCCAACGACGUCCACCACCUUCUCCUACCACCCGUAUUCAGGGCACACUCCCACGCAACCGCAGUCGUCCAAUAUUUUUAACUUCUCAACGGAUAACAUCCAAGAGCAGCUAUGUGACCACCAAGAGGAUAUGGAUUUCUCCUCUCCUCUGGAUUACAACUUACCCCCCAUAUCAAAAUACCAACUACAAUUUCCCUUCCCGGCGCCCUCACCGCUACCGCCCUUAUCCCCACUCCCGCAUUCUCACAACCUCAACUUAUCACCGAGUAGCAUAUCUCAAACAGCUGCGUCGCCAAGUCCAGUGUCUUCCCUCGGAAUUCCAGCCACCAGACCGGGGUCGCUCCCCCUCCUGCAUAUCAGCAGCCCUUUGUCGUCGCUCCCCAAGAUGAAAGAACCCCAAGUGGGAUCCUCCUUCAUCUCCUCCCCCUCACACCCAGUGCCUUACCCGAUAUCACCUUUAAUCGACAUGUUCCAAGAGCCGACCGAAGCCGCUGAAGCCUUCUACGGAGGUUGUGGUAACGUCCCAAAGACUCCUUUACCCAACAGGACCUUCUCGUUCUUCAGCAGUGAUAUUGUAACCACGCAAGCAUUAUCCAAACCAUUGGACAUUUCACCCAGACAGUGUCGCCCAACCACGCCUAAUGCCUUUGACCUCAACUCAGUUCCGUAUCUUGUAUCGGACCAGUCCUUUCCUACAGUAAACGUUGCACAUUCUCCAAUUUCACCUAUAGGGGUUCCGCUUUCACCGCUUCCCUCGUUUGGAUAGCAUCCGCACAGUGGAUAACAUCCGCGCAAUGGAUAAGCAUCCAAACUACCAGAUUGGACUCUAUACCUUCUGACUAUUAGCAAUAAAAAAAAACUCAGUGAUAAAAUUAUAUACAUGUUUUAGGGUAAUUUCAGAUAAUAGUUAUAAUUGCAUUUGUUUAUUGUAUCACUUGUUACAGAUAUUAGUUUCAGUUGUUACAGAUACUGGUUUCUAAAUUCAAUUGUUACAGAUACUAGUCUCUUUUGUUACGGAUAAACAUUUGUGGCAGCUUAAUUUAUCUCUUGUAGCAUCCACUUCUAUUCACAUUUUAAAAUCCAACUUGUACACAAAUUGAAAACAUACCACAUUUUUAUAAUCACAGCGAACUACAUUCCACAAAUUGGGAGUCAAAUUGUUUUUUAUGCUGAGACAGUUUUUUUAUAAUAUUUAGGAUAGUUAUUCUUUUGUUCUGAUAAGACCAAAACAGUUAACCCUUAACCAAUGUAAAAAUUUGCAUCAUUAAAAAAAUUCAAUUCAACUACAAAUGUUAAAUUUAGCCAACCUGGAUAAAUUCCAUAGACAUGCUUCAGUGAGUUUGUGCCUGGUCUGAAGGUCUUAAAACUGGUUUUACCUGUGUGUCUUUGACGGAGCAUUAGCUGCAUUUUUAAAAUACCUAUGCUAGGUGCAAAAACAAAUUACUUCAAAACACCUCAAGAUAACAUGCGCUAGACAUUGCAAUAUACCUGUGUUAAGCAUUGCAAGAUACCUGUGCUAGACAUUGCAAUAUACCUGUAUUAAGCAUUGCAAGAUACUGUGCAUUACUAAGUACCUGUAUUAGAAGUUAAGCAAUAUCAACUACCUGUGCUAAGCAUUACUAGAUACAUGUGCCAGAGGUUGAUGAUUAUUUACUACUUGCACCAGGUGCUAUUAUAUUCUGUAAUGGCGGUUAGUUCACUUUAGCCUGGCUUUUUAUUUAGAUCGGGCUCCAGUGAUGUUGUAGUUCUUCCAAUGCACUCUGUUGUAUAACUGUCUUGUUGAAUAGUUCUAGAAGUUGUAGCCAGCUAGGCAUUUAUUUUGUUGUAGUUUAGUUUAAAAGAGCUGUUAUCAAGACUUAUUAUUCCAAACAAAUGUUUGAAAUGACGCUUACCUUUUUCAUAAAUACUUAUUUAACUUGUAAUCUAGCUAAAUCUGAUUAAAGG